UCCUUCUGUUCUUCCAACCUAUUCUCCACUACAACCUAUUGACUCUCCCAUUUGUUCAAUCUUCUCCGACCACACCCACCUCCGGCGACAACUUCGUUUCCCCAAACCCAGCAACCACUUUUCUCCGGCGUUGAUUCUUCCUCCAGCGAUCUCUGUCUUCUUCCGACGAUCUCUGGAUUGGGCGAUUUCCAGUGAAUGAGUUGAGCGGAUCUCUUCGAUUUCUUCUCCGAUUUCUAUGGAUCUGCGACCCUUCUGCUAGGCCUCGAUAAUCGACGAGGUUCAAGAGCACAGGACGUCGAUUGUCCUUCUUCCUCCUCCGAACCAGUUCUUGCGACUACCGUCUGCUUCUCACCGGCGGCGACUCGAGCUUCUCCUUUUUCCGAUUCCGAACUCCCACCGGCGAAGAGAGUAGGUGCGAUGAUUGGGCAUUCUCUGUAUUGGCGAUUUCUGGUAAAUCGAGGCGAUUCCGACAACGUCUUCUUCUUCUCAAACCCGGCGACGGUUGGGCGUUCUCCGGCAACGUCUUCUUCUUCUCAAGCGGCCAGCGGGGACAUGCAGUAGCCCAGAGGGACUCUUGCGAUGGAUCUGACUGCUUCCCCCUUCGAUUGGUGGCGGCGGAUCUGACGCGACGACGACGAGAAUCAAAGAAAGAGAAGGAGAUUGCGGAUGCUUGUGGAUGCUUGCUGAUGGGAACUGCUAUAUGUCUCUGGUGGGGAUGCUUGCGACGGGAACGACGAUGACCAAAUCUGGUUCCUUUUCCGAACAGAGAUGGAACAACACGAUGAACAAUGAAAGGGCAAAUUAGAAAUUUGGCAUUUCUUAUUAAAAACCUAUUUUUCUAAACAAACAAGAAAUUUAAUACAAAUCCUUAAUCACAAAUACCUGGGUUUUCAGUUGAGGGAUUUGAGACUAAAUCCUUCACAAAUCCCCCAAAUUAAAUUCCUUAAUCCAAACGACCCCUUAGGGUAUUUUGCCGGAGUUUGCGACUGGAGAAGAGGCGGUGUAUAUGUUCUAAUGCGACUUCAUUGUUGUACAAAAUCUUGCCAAGGUUUGUAACGAGAGAAGAGGCGGUGUUUGUUAUACAAUAACCUAAAACUCCUACGCUUGGAUUCUCUUGCAGUCUAUCCCACUCCUGAUAUAUAAUAUUGCAAGCCAACAAAUUCAUCCAUCUCACAAUAUUAUAAAGCUAGCUAGCUAGCUCGCUUUACUCAGAACACAUAUAGUUAGCUAGCUAACCGAGAGAGACAGACAGACAGACAGACAGACAGACAGACAGAGAAAGAGAUGGGCGUGCAGGUUCGUCGCUUGGAUGCUCGAAUGACGACGGUGCUGAUGUCGUUGCUAAUCGUUACAAUGAUCAACGGAGGCUUCCGCGGCGGUGCAAUCAUCUUCUCUGCUGAAGCUGCCCUCGAUCCACUGUGCGGUGUCUCAAACGAAUGGUUUUGUAGUCCGACGGACUUUGAUCGCUCAGACGCGCAGGAGCAAGUGUUACCGUACCUCAGAGUCAGACCAAAGUGCGAUCCGGCAUACUACAACCAUGGUGCUCAAAUCGCCUACAUACAUUCUUCUUGUGCUCAUAGUUCCACAUGCGGUGAUUGCUUAACUAGAGCGACUCAAAUAAUGCGCGAGAAUUGCCCGGGCAAAGAUGGAGCUCAGUACGGGACGGAAGAGUGUUGUGCUCGAUACGAGAAGAACAAGUUUUGUUGAGCUUAAUUAACUAAUUAAGAAAUGCUGUUGUGUAUGGAGCACUACUACUAUGCUAUAUAGUAUUGAUGCUUUAAUGUACAACUUGAAGUUGUACCAUAACAUUAAAUGUAUAAGUUUAGGUUGUACCAUAAAGGAAUUUGUAUCAUUAUGUUAUGGUACAACUUUACAACUUGAAGUUGUACCAUCACAUAAAGGUACAAGUUCAAGUUGUACCAUAAAAGAAUUUGUACAAAAAGUAUAGGUACAAUUAGAAGUUGUACCAUAGCGUUAAAGGUACAAUUUCAAGUUGUACCAUAAAGACAAAAACCUAUAGCACCAAUGCUAUGCUAUAUAGCAUUGUAAAAUUCCUCACGUAACGGGGAAGAGAUAAUACACGGUAUAAAAUAAAACUAGAGUUAUUAAUUCCACGAUGAAAUCUGAAUCCGGUGAUGUUUUACGAUGGGUUCUGAAUUUAAUUGGCCGAGUUUGGCCAAGUCUGUUGAACGAGACCGAGCUGUUAUGGAAGUAAGCACCUUUGGUUAGGGGUGGGAAACGGUGCGGUCCGGUCCAGACCAGACCAUAGAUACGGUCUGUGGUCCAGACCGAGAGGUUGGAACACAGACCAUGGACCAGAGCAUAUACUAUAUGGUCCAGACCAGACCACACCUGUGCGGUGCGGUCCGGUAUGGUCUGGACCAGACAGACCAUGUUAAAAAAAUUAACUCUUGUUCACCCUCCAACCCUAUUCACCGGUAUCUAUAAAAAAAAUCUAGUGACCAAUAUGCUAGUGAAACAAAAAAAUUGUGAUUGUAUUAAAUGAGAAGAAAUAUGAGGAUAGAAGUGGGUUUUUUUCAAUUUUAAAAUAGCCUUAUUUCCCUAUUCCUCUUUGUGCUACCGCUUCUCUCCUCUCUCGAGUGAUCUGAAGGUUCUCCCAGUUGAUAACCUUAUUGAUGACGUCGAGGUAAUUUCGAACCACUAAGAUGGUCGCAUAUCUCUCAAUAAUUUUCCUUAUCUCAUCAAGGUGAACGAAUUUUUUUGUAGUGUUUAAUUUUUAUCGACUCCAUAGUCUAGACAUUAUCUGUGAAUAUUAUUUAUGAGUUUCUAAUUUUUGUGUGGUACUUUGAUAAGGAGAUAACAUAUAAGCGAUCAUUUUGCAAUUUGUUGGCUCUCAACUAGAUGAAGAAUCAACUAACUUUGUUCUUCAAAUACACAUAUGAAGGUUCAAUUUAGUGUUAUUUUUGUCCAAGGUAGUAGGUAGUGUGUCGCGGUCUGUUACGGUUUACUGCGGUAGACCGCGGUCUAGACCACUUCAGACCACGCACUAAAGGAGGAGACCGCAAACCAUACUAGACCAUAGUUCUGGUCUCACAGUCCAGACCAAACCAUACGAUACGGUCUACACCGCGGUUUCCCAUACGGUUUGGUCUGGAUUCCCAACCCUACCUUUGGUGCCCGAGCGGUACCCUCAGUAUUUGGGCAGCUUCACUUACCAAAGGGAGGCUUCUUCAAUAUUCCUCAAUAUUAUCACCAUCGUCAAUCUUAGGAUUGUUAACAAUCCAAAUAUUUUAGCUUUUUCUACUGUUAAAAAAUAUUUUAAAUUGUUCAUUCUUUGGUAACCGUGAUUGUUAGAAAUAACAAUAAAUUUUUUAAUUUUAUAUAAAAUAACAUUUUUAUUCAUAAUAAAAAAUUAGAAUGGUU